AUCGCGACUCUUCACUUCUGUACGCUACUUUGACGGAUCAAGAUUUAUUCAUACUACUGCGCUAAACAUUUAACCAUUUCUUGUCAGUAAGAAUUGUUCAGUUUGUGAAUACUCACGUGUUUAUCAUGAAGGAGUGGAAAGAUGGAAAAGACGUAGAAACUUUAGAAGAAGGAUUACAACAGGAGAAACAAGAAUUUAUAAGUAAGCUCAAAUAUAACACCAAUUGUUGCAAGCAAUGGACACGAUGCAUCAGAUUGAUAUUUUUGUUACAAUUAACGUUAUUCCUCGGAUGGGGUUGUUACAUGAUCUUACAGAAUUAUAAUUUCCGAGUAACGGAAAAUGAGACUGCAGAUAUCACUCGUGAAAGAUAUUUACCACUAGUGUCCAAAAUACAGAAAUCACAUCCAACUGAAAAAAUGUCUGCGACAUUUGUCAAACCUGAAAUUACAGAUGAGCUAAAUAAUAAUUUUCUAAAAGGAUUGAAAGAACCAGAUUUAAUGCCAAGCAAGACAAUUGAAAUAGAUGUAGACAGCAGUAUGCAAACGAGUACGCAGAAUUCUAUUAGCAUGUCAAAUAAGAAUAUAAUGGAAGCAAGUGACAUCAAUAAUCCACUGAUGACAUCGUCAGAAGACAAAAAACUUUUGAAGAUAAUAAUGUCAUGGGGAAAUAAGAAUAUAAUGGAAGCAAGUGACAUCAAUAAUCCACUGAUGACAUCGUCAGAAGACAAAAAACUUUUGAAGAUAAUAAUGUCAUGGGGAAAUUUUCCGCUCGAAAACAGCGAUAUUACCUUUAAUAACAACGAAGAAUCUAAUAUCAGGAAACAAUUUCUUGAAAACAAUAUAGCGAUUAUUGACUUAAACAAGUUUGCAAUUAACAAUGAUUUUACUGAAAAUGUUAAUCCUUUGAUGUUAAAUCAAGAAGAUCGUGCUCCAAAUGCAUUCAAUGAAAUCGAAAGUGUACACUUAAUGAUGAUUCCAAAAGUUGAAGAUGCCGAAGAUUUGACAAAAAGUUUGAAGAAUAGUGCACAAGAUCCGGAACAGAUAUUUCUCGAUAUGUCUGAACAAUUUGCGGUACAAGACGAUCAUAGUGAAAAAAGUUCUUCGAAAGAUGGGACUGAUGAACAAAUCAAUGCAUCUUCACAAUCAGAUUUUGUUAUGUACUCACCUAAUCAAUCGCAUGAAUCUUCUGAUAUGUCCUCAGAACAUUUGAUUCAAAGUUCUUUUGCUUCUCAAAUUGGAUCAAUAGAAGAAUCCUCAAAAAAAAUAAAAAAUAACGUUGAUGAUAAUUUAUGGCCAUUAUUUUUUAAUGAAGAUAAUAAUAAUGCGUAUGAUCCAUAUGUCGAUAUGAAGAAUAGUGCACAAAAUCCGGAACAGAUAUUUCUCGAUAUGUCUGAACAAUUUGCGGUACAAGACGAUCAUAGUGAAAAAAGUUCUUCGAAAGAUGGGACUGAUGAACAAAUCAAUACAUCUUCACAAUCAGAUUUUGUUAUAUAUCCACCUAAUCAAUCGUCUGAAUCUUCUGGUAUGUCCUCAGAACAUUUGAUUCAAUGUGCUUUUGCUUCUCAAAUUGGAUCAAUAGAAGAAUCCUCAAAAAAAAGAAAAAAUAACGCUUGUAAUGUGUUAUUAUUGAUGUCAUUAUUAAGACUAGAAAGGUUUAAUGAAGAUAAAUAUGGUGCGUAUGAUAGCAAUAUGUCGUCCAAAAGCGAUGAGAAUUUUGAUACACGGAUGUCAAUCGUACAAGAUACAAAAGAUGCCGAAGAUUUGACAAAAAAUUUGAAGAAGAUGAGUGUACAAGAUCUGGAACAAAUAUUUCUCGAAACGACUAAACAAUUUGCGAUACAAGACGAUCAUAGUGAAAAAAGUUCUUCAAAAGAUGGGACUGAUGAACAAAUCAAUGCAUCUUCAGAAUCAGAUUCUGUUAUAGACCCACCUAAUCAAUCGUCUGAAUCUUCUGGUAUGUCUUCAGAACAUUUGAUUCAAAGUUUUUUUGAUUUUCAAGAUGGAUCAAUAUUAUCAGAUGAUAAAAUGCCAAAUACUGCAAAAUCUUCGAUAUCUAGUUUUGAAUGGUUGAAUGCGCCCCCUACUUCUGCAGAUAAUCUACAAAGUGGACCGGAAGACAUAUCAGAAUCUAACAAGAAUCUAAAAAGAAAGAGAAGAAAUCCAUCAUUGGAGGAUACGAUUGAGAACACGGAGAUUAUUGAUGCUUUUAUUUCAAAAAAAAAUAAAAUACAUAAUCAAUCUUACUUCAAAAUCAAAAAGAUUGAUUCAGAUAAUUCUGAAAAUGACUCUGAAAUUAGGCGUCAAGAAAGGAUUAUUUUUAAUGCACUUAAUAAUUUUAAGCCAGCCGAUAUUUCAAAAUACAAUUUUAACAUGCCUGAUUACACUUUUAAUGUAAAUGAUAUUGAUAUUGAAAAGAUAGAGGAUGAAUUGAAAUAUGAAACCGUGCAAUUAAAUGAUAAAUUACUUUCUAAUAAGAACUUUGAUAACAAAAUUGAAGAUGUUGAAAUGCACAUUGGAAUUUAGAAUUCUAAGUAAUAAUUUUGUACAAGUUUUACAAACAUACUUUUACAUAUACUAUUAUAAUACGUAUUAAAAAAAUGUUAUCGCGUUUUUUGACUGUUCGUCCCUUUCCUUAUGCGUCGACGUGUGCACGUCGUGUCCGACUCAAAUAAUUCAGAUAAGCAUAAUAUUAAUUAACAUUAAUAAUAGAAGCAUGUUUACACCAUUGUAAUAAUUAUUGCCACUACACUUAA